AUGGCUUGGAUGACUUAUAUUUCCCACUGGUUUGAUGAAGAUGAUUGGUAUGAAGGACAACAAAGAGCAAAAAUGUCACAGGUUAAACAAGUGGGCCUUUUAGCUGCUGGAUGUCAGCCAUGGAACAAAGAUGUGUGUGCUGCUAGUGGGGACAGAUUUGCCUACUGCGCUACUCUUGCAAUUUAUAUUUAUCAGCUGGAUCACCGAUACAAUGAAUUCAAGCUCCGGGCGAUUAUGUCUGAGCAUAAGAAGACAAUCACAGCCAUAUCUUGGUGUCCCCACAACCCAGACAUGUUUGCAAGUGCCAGUGCAGAUAGUUUAGUAAUUAUUUGGAAUGUGGCUGAACAGAAAGUUGUCGCCAGACUGGACAAUACAAAAGGAAUUCCGGCUUCACUUAGCUGGUGCUGGAAUGCAGGUGACUCAGUUGCAUUUGUGUCCCACAGAGGCCCCUUGUACAUUUGGACUAUCUCAGGACCUGACAGUGGGGUAACUGUACAUAAGGAAGCACAUAGUUUCUUGUCAGAUAUCUGUCUGUUUAGGUGGCAUCCAAAGAAAAAAGGAAAAGUAGUCUUUGGACAUACUGAUGGAAGUCUGUCUGUUUUUCAGCCAGGUUCUAAAAGUCAGAAACAUGUCUUAAGACCGGAGUCUCUUGAAGGGACAGAUGAGGAGGAUCCAGUUACAGCGCUGGAAUGGGAUCCUCUGUCAACUGACUACCUUCUUGUUGCUAAUUUACAUAAUGGUAUUCGACUAGUUGAUUCUGAAUCUCUGACCUGUAUCACAACUUUUAAUUUUCCCAGUGCAGCGGCAUCAGUUCAGUGUUUAGCCUGGGUGUCUAGUGCACCCGGAAUGUUUAUAACUGGAGAUUCUCAGGUUGGUGUGUUGCGUAUUUGGAAUGUUUCACGUACAACACCUAUUGAUAAUUUUAAAUUGAAGAAAACUGGUUUCCAUGGUUUGCAUGUGCUAAGUUCUCCUCCUAAAAAGAAGUCAUUUUCAUCACAAUCUCCUACUAAAAAUCAUCAUACAUCCUCGACAAGUGAGGCAGUUCCUCCUCCAACUUUAACCCAAAACCAAGCGUUUUCUCUUCCUCCUGGUCAUGCUGUCUGUUGUUUCAUGGAUGGUGGAGUGGGGCUUUAUGACAUGGGAGCCAAAAAAUGGGAUUUCCUUAGAGAUUUGGGACAUGUUGAGACCAUCUUUGAUUGUAAGUUCAAACCUGAUAACCCUGAUCUUCUUGCUACAGCAUCAUUUGAUGGCACAAUAAAAGUUUGGGAUAUAAAUACUUUAACAGCAGUUUACACAUCUCCUGGUAAUGAGGGAGUUAUUUAUUCCCUUUCUUGGGCUCCAGGAGAUCUGAACUGCAUAGCAGGUGCAACAUCUAGAAAUGGUGGCUUCAUCUGGGAUGUCCCCAGGGGCAAAAUGAUAACCCGGUUCAGUGAGCACGGAAAAAAUGGAAUCUUCUGCAUUGCCUGGAGUCAUAAAGAUUCCAAAAGAAUAGCAACCUGCAGCAGUGAUGGAUUUUGUAUUAUUCGAACUGUUGACGGCAAAGUUCUUCACAAGUACAAACAUCCAGCUGCAGUUUUUGGCUGUGAUUGGAGUCAAAACAACAAGGAUAUGAUAGCUACUGGUUGUGAGGAUAAAAAUGUUCGUGUUUAUUACUUAGCAACGAGCUCUGAUCAGCCGCUGAAAGUUUUCACAGGGCAUACUGCAAAGGUGUUUCAUGUACGGUGGUCUCCUCUGAGAGAAGGAAUCCUCUGCAGUGGCUCUGAUGAUGGUACUGUUCGAAUAUGGGAUUAUACACAGGAUGCCUGUAUAAAUAUUCUUAGUGGACAUACAGCUCCAGUACGGGGACUGAUGUGGAAUCCUGAAAUUCCUUACCUGUUAAUAUCGGGCAGUUGGGACUAUACUAUUCGAGUCUGGGACACAAGAGAUGGAACAUGUUUGGACACAGUUUAUGAUCAUGGUGCAGAUGUAUAUGGGUUAACGUGUCAUCCUAGUCGUCCAUUUACUAUGGCAUCUUGCUCUCGUGACUCUACUGUGAGACUCUGGUCAUUGACACCUCUUAUAAACCCUCUACAAGUAAAUAUUUUAGCAGACAGAUGUUGGGAUGAGAUUAUUGGUAAUAUAGAUCGUGCUGUGGAAUCUGGUGCUCCUCCUUUGCUAUGCGGUAAAGUUUCUAGGGAUAUUAAACAAGAGGUGGAAAAAUUGACAGGAAAUCCUCGAGGAAAAAAACUACGGUGGUUUUCAGAAUGUUUUUCACCUCCAGGAGGCAGCAAAAAUUUAUGGGAUUUAGUUGCUGUAAUAAAAGGACAGGAUGAUAGUUUGCUUCCACAAAACUACUGCAAAGGAAUUAUGCAUAUGAAACAUCUCCUUAGAUUUAGAAUGUCCAAAGCACAAGAACUGACAACAGUAAAAAUGUCCAAGUUUGGAGGUGGUAUUGGUGCACCAAGCAAAGAGGAGAGACUUAAAGAAGCUGCAGAAAUACAUUUAAGAUUAGGACAAAUUCAGAGAUAUUGUGAACUGAUGGUAGAGCUCGGAGAGUGGGACAAAGCACUCUCAGUUGCACCUGGUGUAUCGAUGAAAUAUUGGAAGAAGUUAAUGCAAAGGCGAGCUGAUCAGUUAAUUCAGGAAGAAAAUGAUGAUGUCAUCCCGUACUGUAUAGCUGUUGGAGAUGUGAAGAAACUAGUUUCAUUCUUUACUUCAAGAGGCCAGCUUAAAGAGGCUCUACUUAUUGCACAGGCAGCUUAUGAGGGCAAUAUACAAAUGUCACCACUCUCCACAACAACUGGAUCUUCAAAUUCUGAUGCAAACAAUACAGAUGAUUAUAAUGAACUCCUACAUAAGGUCAGUCAAGAACUGGCAGAAUGGUAUUUCCAGGAUGGCCAUGCAGUACUCGCAGCAUGUUGCCAUUUGGCUGUUGAAAAUAUAGAGCUUGCCAUGGCAAACCUGAUUCGUGGAAAUGAACUGGAGUUGGCAAUCAGUGUGGGUACUGUCUUAGGAGAAAGUGCCGCGCAAGCAACACAUUAUGCUCUAGAAUUACUAGCAAGAAAAUGUAUGACAAUAACAACAUGCUUUCCAUCAGUUGGAUACAGGGAUUUAGCAGCUGAUCUUCUUAUGAUGAUUCCUGAUAAUAAACUUCAGUUAGUAAAACUGUGUGCUUUUUAUCCUGGAUGCACAUCAGAAAUAAAUGACCUACAUAAAAAGUGUAAUCUUCCUGAUGUAGAAGAAUGUAUGCAGCUGGCAGAAACAAUUCAAGCAGAUGGAGAUGUAUUUGAAACUAUAAAGUACUAUCUGUUAAGUACAGAACCAGAAAAGGCUCUCCCUAUUGGCAUACAGUACGUCAAGGAACAACUUCGUGGCUCAGAUUGGAGUUUAGAUUCAGUCUGUCCAUAUCUUGAUCUUCUAAGUUACAUACGCACUGAACGAUUAGUGUUGCAUAAAUGUAGCGAGUUUCGUAAUGAAUUGCUGAUUUUGUGUGGUUACGUUGGUGCUUUGCUUGCUAUCAGAAGACAGUACGAUAGCAUUGUGCCUGCACUUUAUGAAUAUACAAGCCAGCUUUUAAAAAGACGGGAAGUAUCUGUACCUUUGAAAAUUGAACAGCUCUCUGAGGAGUUAGAUGCAUGGAGAGCUUGUACUCAAUUAGCCAAGUAAGUGCAAAAUAUAAAAUUGAAUGAAUUGCCAGGCACGCCACCAUCUGAAUCACAGAGAACAGUGUACUCAAUAUUGGCAUCACGAAUACAAGAAGAGCCUUUGAAAGGAAUGGUUGGGCCAGACUAUGUCACAGGAUCAAAUCUUCCUAGUCAUUCAGAUGUUCACAUCUCUUGCUUGACAGGACUAAGGAUACAGGGUCCAGUGUUCUUCCUUGAAGAUGGAAAAUCUGCUAUUUCACUGAAUGAUGCUUUGAUGUGGGCCAAAGUGAAUCCUUUUUCACCAUUAGGAACAGGAAUACGACUUAACCCAUUCUGAUGAGAUGUUUUCCUCUCUACUUUGUAGUGCUUAAAGUAAUACUUGGUGGGUUAAUACUGAUUUCACCUU